CUCAAUCCUUGAACUAUUGCUUCUUAUUGCUUCCCACGCCAUGGAAACCAAUUGCAACUGCAACAAGGGCUUCGCGGACAGUUACAUGUUGUUGAAGCCCGAGAAAGCAGGUUACUUUGAUCUUCUCCGUAUCUUAACUUUCAGAAACAUUUCGCAAAGGAAGUUUGUGGAAAGCCAUGCAGCGGAUGAUUUCAAUGAAACUUUGGGUCAUCGAUGGCUCAUAUUUAUUUCUAUUUUGGCUCAGAAGCUUUUGCAGCUUGUGGCUAAACCAUUGUCACUCUUUGGAGCUGGCGUUGAGCUUUUUAUCAACUUCAUUGCACUCAAUGGUGGCGUAUUCAGGCUUCUUCCUAACUUUUUCAAAGGUGCAUUGGUCUUUCCCGAUCCUAAAUCAGAAAAGUAUUUGUCUUUAAUCGGAAAUUUGGAUGUGCGAGUAAAGUUGGAUGCUACGCCUGGAGAUUUUAAGUACUAUCCUGCACUUUCUAUGAUGGCUUCCAAAGCAUCCUACGAGAACGAAGCUUUCCUUAAAACUACUGUGGAAGAUAAAUGGAAGAUGGAAUUUGUGGGACUUUACAACUGCAUGAAUGAGUAUCAAGGAAAGACGACAACUCAAGUGUUAAUUGUUUUGGAUAAGCAUGAAGAUCAGCAGACAUAUGUUGUAGCUUUCAGAGGAACGGAGCCGUUCGAUGCUGAUGCAUGGUGCACUGAUCUGGACAUCUCCUGGUACGGAAUUCCCGGCGUUGGAAGAAUGCAUGGUGGGUUUAUGAAAGCCUUAGGGCUACAGAAAAACGUUGGAUGGACAAAGGAAGUUGGAGAACGAGACGAGAGUCUUCCUCCCUUAGCCUACUACCUCAUCAGAGACAUUCUAAGAAAAGCUUUGAGUGAAAACGAGAAAGCAAAGUUCAUAGUGACAGGGCACAGUUUGGGAGGAGCACUCUCAAUACUGUUUGGGACGAUCUUGUGUUUGCACCAAGAGACAUUGCUGUUGGAGAGGUUGGAAGGGAUCUACACCUUCGGGCAACCAAGGGUUGGAGAUGAAGUGUAUGCAAAGUAUAUGAAACGAAAAUUAAAGGAACAUUAUGUCAGGUAUUUUAGGUUUGUCUACUGCAACGACCUUGUUCCGAGGUUGCCCUACGAUGAUCAGGAAAUGAUGUUCAAGCACUUUAGGACAUGUCUUUUCUUUAACAGGCGCUAUGAACUUGAGGUUCUUGAAGAACAACCGAAUAAGAACUACUUCUCACCGUGGUGCGUUAUACCUAUGAUGUUGAACGCAAUCUUGGAGCUGGUAAGGAGUUUCGUUAUUGUGUACCAAAGUGGACCUUAUUACAGAGAAGGAUGGAUUCUGUUUGGUUUCAGGGCUAUAGGGAUAGUAAUACCUGGUCUACCUGCUCAUUGUCCCCAAGAUUACAUUAAUUCCACUCUUCUAGGAACCAUUGAAAAGCACUUCAAACUAGAGUGAUGAGUGAGCAUCAAGAAGCAUUAGUUCAUGUUUUAUAAGUCCAAUCUGAAUCCAAACAAAAGGUUUCAAUCCGGAUUAUAGGUUAACUUACUACAGUUCUUUCAAUUG